CAGGAAAUGUAGACUCCUUCCUAGCUAGUCGACCCCUCGUGCACCAUCUCUAUUAUUUGCUCCCCUCUUUUUCAUUUUUCAUCAUUAGUCGCAUGCCCUCCUCUCUCCUCCUCCCUCUUAAUUAACUUUAAACCUCUCUUCCUUUUAGUUUUAUUACUCAAAACACCUUCUUUUUUUAACAGUUGACAUUGCAAAUAUACUUGAAAGUUUUUGAAUGCCCCACAUAAUUUAUGGACCCACCUUUCUUCCAACUGGAACGUAGAACAGGAGGCUGUGGUGGUAUAUUUAUACCUCCCCAAAACCUUCCCAUUACCACCACCUCCUCCUCUCGACAUCCCUCUCUCGGUCACCGGAGUACCUGUAUCUGUCUGUGUGAGCUUAAUAACUUGUCCUCAAAUGGCGGAAACCGGUGGUGGCAUCACCGUCGCCCAUAGAAUUAAGGGAUGGUUCCCGGAAAGGACUCAAUUGCACUUGGCCAUGCUGGCUUUGCAGUUUGGUUAUGCCGGUUUUCAUGUCGUUUCAAGAGCUGCCCUUAAUAUGGGCAUCUCCAAGAUCGUCUUUCCAGUCUAUCGAAACCUCCUCGCUUUCUUCCUCCUCCUCCCCUUCGCUUAUUUCCUCGAAAAGAAGGAACGACCUCCGAUUAACUUUAACUUUCUUGUCCAGUUCUUCCUUCUCGCGAUCGUUGGGAUUACAGCGAACCAAGCUUUCUACUUGUUGGGUUUAGACAACACUUCUCCGACGUUCGCCUCCGCCAUUCAAAACUCCGUUCCCGCCAUCACAUUCCUCAUGGCAGUGAUUCUCCGGAUAGAAAAGGUGAGACUCGACAGAAAAGACGGGAUAUCCAAAGUAGCCGGAACUGUAUUCUGCAUAGCCGGAGCAUCGGUGAUCACUCUUUUCAAGGGUCCAACAAUAUACAGCCCAUCGCCGACACUACACAGUGUUAGGGAAGCUUCGCCGGUGUUGCAGUCACUCGGAGACGCAAACGGAAAAAGCUGGAGCCUUGGGUGCGUAUUUCUAAUAGGCCAUUGCUUAUCAUGGUCGGCGUGGCUGGUGUUACAAGCUCCGAUCCUAAAGAAAUACCCAGCUCGAUUGUCGUUCACAUCGUACCAAUGUUUCUUUGGAGUCCUACAGUUUCUUGUGUUAGCCGCCUUCAUGGAAAGAGACAUCAAUGCUUGGUAUAUUCGUACUGGUGCUGAGCUAUUUAGCGUGUUUUAUGCUGGUGUGGUGGCAUCUGGGAUCGCAUUUGCUGUACAGAUAUGGUGCAUAGACAGAGGUGGCCCGGUUUUCGUGGCCUUGUACCAACCGGUUCAGACCCUCGUGGUUGCUCUCAUGGCUUCAGUCGCUUUAGGGGAAGAAUUUUAUUUGGGAGGGAUAAUUGGGGCAGUGUUGAUCAUAACUGGAUUGUAUCUUGUGUUAUGGGGAAAGAAUGAAGAGAGGAAGUUUAUGUUACAAAAGCAACCGGGUAUGAUCCAAGCGGAAACGGAUCAUGGUGCACCGAGGACAACGGGUCAUGUCAAGUCAUCCAUCACCCAACCUUUACUCCCUCAGUCGACUGAAAACGUUUGAUUAGUAUUAAUUAACCUUACGUUUAUUUUUGUAACUAGUGUGUAUUAUUGCUGGGACUUCAAAUCAAAACUAAAGAAGUUACUAGGCAUCUAUUAAUUAUGUGAGAAAAAAAAAAGUUUGGUGUGUUUUAUGAACCUUUUGUUUGGGUGUUCCCGUUUUUAGUGUUGGAAUGAUUAAAUUUAAGGUUACUUAUCUUAUUAUGUACGAAAAUUUGUAUUUCAUAUCGAGUUUGGUUGUUUAAUUAGAAAAAGAAAAAAAAUGAAGUAGUUUUGGCUGGUAAAUUUUGUUGUAGAGAAGAUUUGGGUAAUUUGAAAACAUUACGUGUAUAUUAUUGAC